AUGGAAUCACAAAAUUAAUUUACCAAAGAUGUUUGCCUUUCUAACUCUAACUCUAUGUUUAUUUCAUCAUAAUAAGAUAAAAUAUUAUUAGAUUUAGAAGAAUAUUUAAUAGAUGAUAAAUUUAAACAAUUUAGUUCUUAAAACUUACGGUUAUUACCUCAAUCCAGCAUACCUGAUAUUCAGUAGGCACAAUAAAUCCAAGAAAGAGGCAAUUAUUGUGAUAAUGAAAAGUAAAAUAUGAAUUUACCAACCUUAAAAAAGACCUAAAAAAUAUAUAGAAUGGCAGGAAGCAAGCAUUUUUGUAAUAUAAAAAACACUACUGAAAUGGGUUUUAGAGUCUGCUAAGGCUUACUGAUUUCUAAUGAAGGAAUAAUAAGGACUGAUUAUAAUAAUGUUUAAUUAAGCUUUGGAUACCUAUAUAAUGCAUCUAUUGUAAAUUACCUAAAGCUAUGUAAAGUAGUAGAAGUUUAAUAUGAGUCCAUACAACCAAAUUUUGAUGUUUAGUUAUAAAAUGCUUGCAAUUAUUUACUCUAAACACCUUGUUAACAUAUUUAAGAAUCAAUUAAUGUUAUAUAGAAUGUAUAUCAAAAGAAAAUGAAUUACAGGAUCGUUUUAUAAUAGCUUAAAUUGACAUAAGAACUGCUUUCAUUGAUUAAUGAUCAACUAAAUUAAUUUCUUGAGCGCUGUGAUAAUUAUAUCAAGUAAUAUGCUUAGCAAAAUGAAGGAACAGUUUUUUAAUAUUUUAUUAGAAAA